CCGUCCGCCGAAGACUCCGAAAACCGACCAAAGUCAGCACCAGCACCUCAGUAUCGAGCAGCGUGUCUCGGUCUUCCGACCAAGUGAUAUCCGCUAGUGUGAACCGGCCUAAGAUCCGAGGUCGCCCGAGUAUAGCCAGUCGGAAGUCGUCGGCUGCUAUCGACAAUUCUGUCGCCACCGACGACCAUAAGGACAAGGAUGGCUACAAGAUCGUCUGCUACUACACCAACUGGUCCCAAUACCGAACCAAACUCGGCAAGUUCACCCCCGAAGACAUCCAACCGGACCUCUGCACCCACAUCAUAUUCGCCUUCGGCUGGCUCAAGAAGGGCAAGCUCAGCUCCUUCGAGUCCAACGAUGAGACGAAGGACGGAAAGACUGGAUUGUAUGACAGAAUCAAUGCGCUGAAGAAGGCUAAUCCGAAGUUAAAAACUCUUUUGGCUAUUGGUGGCUGGUCCUUCGGCACCCAGAAGUUCAAGGAGAUGUCUGCCUCCCGCUACGCUCGCCAGACCUUCAUCUACUCCGCCAUACCCUACCUAAGGGACCGCAACUUCGACGGUUUGGACGUGGACUGGGAGUACCCCAAGGGAGGAGAUGAUAAGAAGAACUUCGUGCUGCUGUUGAAAGAACUGCGAGAGGCCUUCGAGGCCGAGGCCCAAGAAGUCAAGAAACCCCGCCUGCUCCUCACUGCCGCUGUCCCAGUAGGUCCUGACAACAUCAAGGGAGGAUACGAUGUCCCUGCUGUAGCUAGUUACCUCGACUUCAUCAACCUCAUGGCUUACGAUUUCCACGGCAAAUGGGAGCGCGAGACUGGACACAAUGCACCUCUGUACGCACCAUCAUCAGACUCGGAAUGGAGAAAACAGCUGUCUGUGGACCAUGCUGCUCAUCUGUGGGUCAAGCUGGGAGCGCCUAAGGAGAAGCUUAUUAUUGGUAUGCCGACAUACGGCCGGACGUUCACUCUGUCCAAUCCGAAUAACUUCAAAGUAAAUUCCCCUGCGAGCGGCGGCGGCAAGGCGGGCGAGUAUACAAAGGAGAGCGGCUUCCUCGCCUACUACGAGGUUUGUGAAAUGCUACGAAACGGCGCCACCUACGUUUGGGACGAUGAGAUGAAGGUGCCCUACUGCAUCCUGGGCGAUCAGUGGGUUGGCUUCGACGAUGAGAAAUCCAUCAGGCACAAGAUGAGAUGGGUGAAGGACAACGGAUUCGGAGGCGCUAUGAUCUGGACCGUAGACAUGGACGACUUCAGUGGCGACGUGUGCGGUGGAGACGUGAAAUACCCCCUCAUUGGAGCUAUGAGAGAGGAACUUCGCGGUAUCUCUCGUGGCAAGGACGCUAAAGACGUCGACUGGGCUUCAGUAGCAAACUCAGUUGUUCUAGAAGUCACCGAGAAACCAGAACCAAUCAAGAUCAGCUUGUCAGAUGUCCUCGGCAGGGUCAAGAAACCUACUAAGACCAUCAUUUUCAAGAACAAGAAUGCUGAGCUCGAUAAGAACAAGCGUGAACCCCAAGUCCUCUGCUACCUGACCUCCUGGUCGUCCAAGCGCCCCAGCGCCGGCCGCUUCACUGCCGAAAACGUGGACCCCAACCUCUGCACGCACGUCAUCUUUGCGUUCGCCACUCUUAAGGACCACAAGUUAGCGGAAGGCGAUGAAAAAGAUGCGGAUAUGUAUGAGAAGGUCGUAGCGUUGAGGGAGAAGAAUCCUAACUUGAAGAUCUUGCUCGCCAUCGGCGGCUGGGCUUUCGGCUCCACUCCCUUCAAAGAGCUGACCUCUAACGUCUUCCGAAUGAAUCAGUUCGUGUAUGAAGCCAUCGAAUUCCUCAGGGACUACCAGUUCAACGGUCUUGACGUGGAUUGGGAGUACCCCAGAGGAGCCGAUGACCGUGCUGCCUUCGUCUCCCUCCUGAAAGAACUGCGCUUGGCCUUCGAAGGAGAAGCCAAGACCUCUGGCCAGCCACGUCUCCUGCUCACCGCUGCUGUACCCGCCUCGUUCGAAGCUAUCGCCGCUGGAUACGAUGUGCCGGAGAUCUCGAAAUACUUGGACUUCAUCAACGUCAUGACUUACGACUUCCACGGACAAUGGGAGAGGCAGGUCGGCCACAACAGCCCUCUGUUCCCGCUGGAGAGCGCCACCAGCUACCAGAAGAAACUCACUGUGGACUACUCAGCCCGCGAGUGGGUGCGGCAGGGGGCACCCAAGGAGAAGCUGAUGAUUGGCAUGCCGACCUACGGGCGUUCCUUCAGUCUGAUCAACGAGACGCAGUUCGAUAUCGGCGCGCCUGCUUCUGGUGGCGGCUCAGCCGGCCGCUACACCAACGAGGCCGGAUUCAUGUCGUACUACGAGAUCUGCGAGUUCCUUCGCGAGGACAACACGACCCUCGUGUGGGACAACGAACAGAUGGUGCCGUUUGCGUACCGCGACGACCAGUGGGUUGGCUUCGAUGACGAACGAUCGCUAAAGACCAAGAUGGCAUGGCUCAAGGAAGAAGGUUUCGGCGGCAUCAUGGUCUGGUCCAUCGACAUGGAUGACUUCCGAGGCUCCUGCGGCACCGGGAAGUACCCCCUCAUCACCGCAAUGAAGCAGGAGCUGUCCGGGUACAAGGUCAAGCUGGAAUAUGACGGGCCUUAUGAGUCGUCGAACCCGAACGGACAAUAUACUACUAAGGAUCCCAACGAAGUCAUCUGUGAAGAAGAAGACGGCCACAUUUCCUACCACAAAGACAGGGCUGACUGCACGCACUACUACAUGUGUGAGGGAGAGAGAAAGCACCACAUGCCGUGCCCGUCUAAUCUAGUGUUCAACCCUGAUCAGAACGUCUGCGAUUGGCCAGAGAACGUAGAGGGAUGCCACCACCACACCCAAGCGCCGGCUGCUAAGCGAUAAAAAAACUGUUCUGUUAUGUUGGCAAAAUUUUAGUUAAUUUUGCAGUCCGUUAUUUUAUAAAUGCUUGCAGAUCGUUAUGGUUAUAAUGGGGUUAACAGCUAGAAACUUCAGAGGGCCCUUUUAUCAAGUCCAUCCACCACCGAAAUUUACGAGUGGCAGAAACAAAAGCGCAAAUUGCACACAAACAAACGCCUGUUAUCCGCAACCUUCUUGGCCAGUGGCGCCCUCUGCAGUGAACAAAAAAAAAGAUUUUAAUCCCAUUGUGGUGAUUUCCUAUUUAUAGCCUGGCCAGCCGUCCGUGCUAAGAAACGA